AUGCCCACUGGAACAAGCAUCAACCACUGCUUUCAGAGGCGUGUUGAUGACAAUUAUGUCGCACUUUGGAAGCAUCACAUCAAGAUCCUCCUCAAACCGGGCCCCGAUCUGACCCUCCAGCUCAGCAUCCAUCUUUACUCGAUCAUGGUACAGCAAGUUACAGUUGAAGGGCUUCAGCCUCUGGAGCAAAAGCCGGCCAAUUCUCCCAGCUCCAACCGUGCCCACAGUCUUACCUUCGAGAUCAUACGCCCGAUAAGCAAUGGCCGCCACAUUCCAGUCACUGGAGACGACCUGAUGAUAACCUGGCAAGAAAUUGCGGACGAGUAUAAGGAUUCUCAUGAGCUCGUCUUCAGCCACAGAGACGACAUUGCUGCCGGUGACCUCCGCCACCGUGAUUCCUGCGGCAGCUGCCGCCGGCAGGUCGAUGUGGUCGGAGCCGAUUCCGGCGGUGAGAAGAAGUUGCAAGUUUUUAGCCCUUUUGAUGCGUUCGGCCGUCACUUAAUCUAUGUCGACCGCAGACAGAUUUUCCUCCUCUCAUUGGUUGAACAUAAUAUGUUUGCAUACUUCAUAUUAUACUCGUGA